UCCCGGGGAUGCCGCCGGCUUCCCUGCGCCUCCCUGCAUGAGCCAGCAGAGGAUGGAAGUGACCGGCAUCAGCUGGGCAAAGGACCCUUCGCCAGGUGCUGGGAUGUCCCCCCCGUGCAGACUGGAGUUACAAAUGGGCUUGUGACCUGAGUGUGCGGCACAUGUGCCUGCGCUGCCAGACCCCUCGUGCAGUAGUCCGGGGCCACCGCAGGACAGGCGGACGUUGGCCACAGCAGCUCAUCCUGUGAAACCGUAUGUGGAAAAGCUUCCCACUGCUUCCUGUGAAUGACGACCGUGGGUGCCCGUGCCCCGCGCACCACUGCGGAGCUCCUUGCUUGCUGGCGGGGUGGGCAGCAGGCUGUGAGAGACCGGCAGCAGCUGAGCACGGAGCCGUGCAGCUCUGUCCCCAGGGACAGAUGCCAGCUGCCAGACUCUUCUCUGGAGACCCAGGAGCAGCCUGCGAGGCACCAGCACUGACCGCUCCCGUGCUAGCAGCGGGCGCACCAGGGCGCCUGUUGUCACAGAUGUGACUCCAGCCUGCUGGGACAGGAGUGUUCCAGCUGUGGGACACGGCAUGCAGCAGGGAUGGGAAUGCUCUGUGCUGACCGGUGAGCCCCACGCCGCUAGUAUGGACUCUCCUCCUCCUCCUCUUCCCUAAAGGAUGCUAGUUGCCCAUCCAGAAGUCACUGCUCAUGCAGCCCCCUAGAGUGCAAUGGCAAAGGGUCUGCAGGGCUUCUCGUGGACCAUGCUGCUGCUGUUCUGCGCCAUCCAGGAGCUGGGGGCCUGGGCCAUGCGCACUGCGGUGGAGGGCCCUGGCCUAGGGCAGCCCGGGGACCCUGCACUGCUGGCCACCGGGCGAGUGAAGCGUGGCUGGGUCUGGAAUCAGUUCUUCGUGGUGGAGGAGUACACGGGCACGGAGCCGCUGUACGUGGGGAAGAUCCACUCGGACUCGGAUGAGGGGGACGGCUCCAUCAAGUACACUAUCUCCGGGGAGGGUGCAGGGACUAUCUUCCUCAUCGAUGAGAUCACAGGUGACAUCCAUGCCACUGAGCGCCUGGACCGGGAGCAGAAAACCUUCUACACGCUGCGGGCUCAGGCCCGUGACCGCAGGGCAGGGCGUUUGUGCUCCCCUGAGAGACAGUUUCUAUGCGAAAUUGGAGAUCAGAGGGAGAAAGAAACACGGUUUCUUCAGGGACCUGGUGUCAACCCGGUCCCCGAGAUGAGUGCUGCAGGCACCUCUGUGAUGCAGGUAAUGGCAUCCGAUGCCGAUGACCCCACGUAUGGGAGCAGUGCCCGGGUAGUCUACAGUGUGCUGGAGGGCGAGCAGCACUUUACUGUGGACAGCAAAACAGGUGUGAUCCGGACAGCGGUGGCUGACCUGGACCGCGAGACGCAGGACCGGUAUGAGGUGGUGAUCCGCGCAACGGACAUGGCAGGACAGCUGGGUGGCCUGUCUGGAUCCACCACAGUCACCAUCGUCGUCACUGAUGUCAACGACAACCCACCACGCUUCCCUCAGAAGAUGUAUCAGUUCAGCAUCGUUGAAACUGCCCCCGUGGGCACUGCCAUCGGGAGGGUGAAGGCAGAGGACUCCGACGUCGGGGAGAACACAGACAUGACGUAUCAGGUGAAGGAUGAGGAAGGGGUGGAGAUGUUCAAGGUCACCACAGACAGCAAUACCCAAGAGGCUGUCAUCAUGGUACAGAAGCCUCUCGACUACGAGUCAAAAAAAGUGCACACUGUUGUGGUGGAGGCACUCAACAAGUUUGUGGACCCGCGGUUUGUGGACCUGGGGACCUUCCGGGACCAGACCAUUGUGCGAGUCUCGGUGCUGGACGUCGACGAGCCCCCCGAGUUCCGGCCCCCCUCCAACCUGAUGGAGGUGCUGGAGGACGCGCACGUUGGCUCUAUCGUGGGGGUGGUCCACGCCCUGGACCCGGAUACAGCGCAGCCUGCUCUCAGGUACGCCAUUGACCGCAGCACAGAUGCAGAGAGGAUCUUUGACAUCGAUGCCAACACAGGUGCCAUCGUGACAGGAAAGGUCCUGGACCGGGAGACAGCAGGGUGGCACAACAUCACUGUCCUGGCUAUGGAAGCAGAUAAUCACUCGCAGGUGUCGAGAGCCUCUCUCCGCAUCCGCAUCCUGGACGUGAAUGACAAUCCGCCCGAGCUCGCCACCCCUUAUGAAGCUGCCGUGUGCGAGGAUGCCAAGCCAGGCCAGCUGAUCCAGACAAUCAGCGUUGUGGACCGUGAUGAGCCUCAGAGCGGCCAUCGCUUCUACUUCACACUGGCACCUGAAGCCACCACCAACCACCAUUUUUCUCUGCUGGAUAUUAAGGACAACACGGCUGCAGUGCACACGCAAAGGAUGGGCUUCAAUCGCCAGGAGCAGGAUGUGUACUUGCUCCCCAUUUUGGUGGUGGACAGCGGCCCCCCGGCCCUCAGCAGCACGGGGACUCUGACCAUCCGCAUCUGCAGCUGUGACAGCAAUGGGGCCAUCCAGUCCUGCAACAGCACAGCCUACGUCGUCUCAGCAACGCUGAGCCCUGGCGCCCUCAUCGCGCUGCUGGUGUGCAUCCUCAUCCUGGUCGUGCUGGUCCUUCUGAUCCUCACACUGAAGCGACACCACAAAAGCCACCUGACAUCUGAGGAUGAUGAGGACAUGAGGGACAAUGUCAUCAAAUACAACGACGAAGGGGGUGGCGAGCAGGACACAGAGGCCUAUGACAUGUCAGCCCUGCGCAGCCUCUAUGACUUCAGCGAGAUCAAAGGCGGCGAUGGAGGCGGGGGGCCGGGAGAGGGGGGCCCCAGCGGAAACCCGGCCUCUGAGCUCCACGCCCUCCCGCAGUGGGUGCAGAGCCCAGACCUGGACUUCUCCGUGUUCAGGGACUAUAUCUGCAAGAAGGUGGAGCAGGCGGACGAGGACCUCUCCGUGCCGCCGUACGACUCGUUCCAGACCUACGCCUUCGAGGGCUUGGACUCCCCCAUGCCCUCCCUGAGCUCCAUCAACACCUGGUCCAGCGGCUCAGAGCAGGACUUCUCCUACCUGGGGGCCUGGGGGCCGCGUUUCCAGCAGCUGGCAGCGCUCUACGCUGGGCGCAGGGGCGAGGAGGACAGCGAGGAGUCCUAGCCGUCCCGCCACCCCCCCGCGAGGCUCCCGGUGCCUCCUGGACCAGGCUUCUGUGCCGCACGGGGACAGCAUGCGCCUCCAGCCGGGCUCCAUGGCUGCCAGAGCGGGUCUGCACCGCGGGGCCGGGGAGCACCGGGCUCCUUGGCGGCUGCCUCCCAUCCAGGGCACCCCUGCACCCGCACAGCCAGGCUGGAGUGCCCAAAGGAGCCCCCGCCGCCAUCCUCAUCUCCUUAGUACCAGUCUCCAUUAAAGUACUACGCAUUAAUUUAAGGAAGAGAAAACCUAAUUCAAGAGAGCUUGGAGGGGGUUCUCCCCCACAAAUUAUCAUUUAAAUAGAUCCGUUCAGUGAGCCCAGUUCAGGAGAGGAAGAGCAAACCAGGAGCCUUUUGUUGUCUGAACUGGUUUAGUCACUCGAGUCAGAGCAUUUGAAGUGCUUUGAUUUCUUUAGGAGCUUUCCUUGCAGAGGGAAAUAAGCUUUUAACUUCUGUUCAGCUUUCCCCCUCCCUUUAGGUUCACUCGCUUUUUGGAGUCCUCCUUCUCCCUGCACAGGGGCUCCUCUGCAUCGCCCGGCUGCUGGCACAGUGCCGGGGGGAGCGUGCUGCGCUGGGGAUGCGUGCGCUGGAUGCGGGCUCCAAGGUCGUGUCCUGCGCAGAGCAGCAGCCGCGCUAGGGUUCAAGCACGCUUCGCCUCCACGCUGCAGUCACUGCGCCUCUCAGUUCUCAGCCCUUUCUCACGGUUAUCAGAGAUGCUUGGGAUUUGGAGGGCCUCUCCCUCCCUGCACAGCAGGCGCUGGCUGUGAGGUCCUGGUGUGCCCCACGGCUCCAGUGAUGGAUGGGGACAUCCCGCCCGCUGCUGAGGCCGUGGUGCUGUGGCUG